CGGAUGUCGGUGGGCAAGGAGCACCGGGGCCGCGGCGUCUCCAAGGCGCUGUGCGGGGAGGUGCUGCGCUUCGCCCGGGCGCGGGGGUACGGCGCGGUGGUGCUGUCCACCUCCAUGGUGCAGGUGGUGGCGCAGCGGCUCUACGAGAGCCAGGGCUUCCGCAAGGUGGGCGCCACCAGCCCCUCGCUGCUGGGCAGCCUGCUCUGCUUCCAGAUCUUCCACUACCGCUGCGACCUGGCUGGUGGGAGCGCCGAGCCGCCGCGCUAG